AUGGGAAUUGUGUAUAGUUUCAUCACAUCCUUGGGCAGUAAAGGAGAAAAUGAAGAAAGGUCGGAAGAACCAUAUUCAUGUUCUUUCCUUGCAUCAGUGUGUAAGAUAUUCAAUAAUCUAUGGAGGAAGAUCUACUGUACUAUUUUAUUUGCAAAACCAAGAAAACCAGACCCUAUACUUCCUGUUGAAAAUCGUGCUGUUUUACGAGAGAUUUCUUCGCCUACUUCAGAUUCAUCUUUGUACUCAUGCCAAAGUGCUGCCUAUGUCCCCCCUUUAGAUUUGGAGUGGCAGAGGAUUUAUUCCGACAGGGAUUACUCAAACACAGAAAAUGAAGCGCAUGCUAUUGCUGCAUGGCUGCAAAAUCCUUCAGUUUCUUCUGCUAUCCGGACAGAGUCCGUCGAGGAUGAAGACUCAAGCUAUAUUAAAAAGUUCCAUGUGAUAAUUGAUGCGCCUACUUUGCAAUGCUCUCUUACCCACGAAAACGCACUUGACGUAGUGGAUUCUGCUGUUUUUAUCGAAAACGAGAAAAAUCAGCUUGGCCCGAGAGACUCUGGAGAGAAAGUUGAGGAAGAAAAGGCAAUAAAGUGUUUGGUGGCAGAAGGGAAAUGGAUAAAGCAUUAUAAUAAUAACCACAGGAUACUGCUCGUAGGUGAAGGAGUCUUCUCUUUCUCUGCCAGUUUGGCUGUGGCCUUUUGUUCUGCCUCCAACAUGAUUGCAACUUCUCUUGAUUCCGUUGAUUUUCUGAAGAAAAAUUAUAAGCGUGCAAUGUCCAACAUCGGGAAGCUUGAGAGUAGGGAGUACAUUGUCGUGCAUGGGAUUGACGCUACAAAAGUUGCAAGUCAUCACUUGCUUGGAGGAAUGACAUUUGAUCGGAUAAUUUUCAACUUUCCGUUUGCUGGUUUUUUCAAUGACUUAUCUCGCGAGGCUCAACUAAGAAAGCACAGAAGACUUGUGAGUUUGUUUCUUAAGAAUGCUAAAGAAAUGAUUGGUGAAAAUGGUGAAAUUCACAUUUCCCACAAAACCAAUGGUUUUCAUGAAGAAUGGAUGUUAGAAUCAGUGGCUUCUUCCCACAGGCUUGGGCUCAUUGAGGCUGUGGAAUUCAAUCGGUUUGAUUAUGAAGGUUACAACACCAAGUGUGGAUUUGGGGGUGACAAAAAUUUCCAUUGUUACCCUAGCAAAACUUACAAAUUUGGUCUUAAAAGGGCACAAUUUCAUCUGUUAAGUUAGUCACUUGAUACAGUAAUGGAAAAAAUAAAUACUUUGAUAAUGGUAUGUAAAUAUUAUUUCUAUUUCAUGAGUGUUUAAACAACGGGACAACGUUUGAAUUUGGUGUGAUCUGCUUCUAAUG